GUUUGCGAAAAAUUGAUGUCGGUCCUCUUGUUGCAGUGCUAGUAAGUACAAAGGUCCAAGUCGAAAAAUCUCAGAAGUUGAACUGCCAUGGUUGCCUCCAAGGCGACACAAAAGCUGUCCAGUAUCGCUUCAUCAUGGCCUGUUGAUCCAUUUCGUCCAAAUAUCCAACUCAAGAACUUCUUGAAAUCCCUCUCUGCGCAUCCUAAGCUAACCUCUGAGGCUGUCCAAGCAGCACAGCUACUGCGGGACAAUGCCAUACAGACAAGGUACGCACUGUCAGCAAAAACACUUCAGCCGGCUUCUAUGCCAAGGCACUAUGAACGGCUUGUGGAAGGAUAUGAAAGAAGUGCAAGAGGUGCCGGGAGACCUUGGUGGAAGGUCUUCUUUGGAGUAUGGAAAUAGUCAUGAGAUAUCAACCCCUUUGUGACCUCUCGUUUCCGCUGAACUGCAGUUGUCCUCGCAGUAUGUAUAGAAAGGGCCUUACAUGAUAUCUUAAUCUGAGAAUAGAUGCCAAGGCUUAGACUUAUAUAUCUCCAUCACUUUGCCAUAAUUUUAUGGUGAAACUUCUGGCUGUCGUUAUAUUUGGCGCUAACAAUUCCGCUUCGCGACUUUGUAGACUCAG